GAGCGUCCUCAGAGCGCUCUACGCUUUCAAGGCAGGGAGGACAUGCAUGCGGCGAUAGCAAUGAGGAGCUGUACCUAGGAUAUCUAAAGAACCAUUCGGCUGAGUCCUCUAUGAUUCAGCCACAAUUGACUAACACAUUACCACCCUGUACAAGCAUUGAAUCAUGGCAGAUGUCAAGCCACCCUCUGACAGGCCUCAAAGGAAGAUGUCCACUACAGGGGACAGUUUAUACAAGGUGCUGGGACUGGAGAAAGGGGCCACAGCAGAGGACAUUAAAAGAGCCUACAGAAAACUAGCUCUGAAAUACCAUCCAGACAAGAAUCCAGAAAACCCUGAAGCUGCAGACAAGUUCAAGGAAAUCAACAAUGCCAACUCAAUCCUCACAGAUGAGACCAAACGCAAAAUCUACGAUGAGUAUGGUUCCAUGGGGCUCUACGUGUCCGAGCAGUUUGGAGAAGAGAGUGUCAAAUACUACUUCCUCAUGUCAAAGUGGUGGUUCAAGGCUACGGUCAUGUGCUGUGCCGUUUUCUCCUGUUGCUGCUGCUGUUGCUGCUGCUGUUUCUGCUGUGGAAAGUGCAAACCACCAGAGGAGGAUGACAACUACCAAUACGUGGACCCAGAAGACCUGGAGGCCCAGAUCAAAGCAGAGCAGGAUGGAGGAGGAGGUGAAACAAUAAUUAUUGUCCAGCCUAUACCUAGUCCUGUUCCAGAAAUCUGCAGUGAAACUUUACCGGAUUCAAAAUGACUUUGGGGCGGUGAUUUGGAAGAGCUGCAUCAGGGAAGGGAGGCUCAAAUCUCCCCAUUUGGAUCCAGCCCAGUUCCACCAUCAACGCCUCAGAGUCCACGCAUUUCACAGCCAGCCAGUCCGUGUACAACACCCAGAAAUGAGCCACCCUUGCCUGGUCCUGGUCCCGGUCAUCAGGUCGAGGGGGUCCUGCUGAUGGACUCUAAGGCCCCUGAUAUAAUAUGCUGAUCGCAGGGCAUCACGGCACUAGGACCAAACUGUGCCACUGCGUCAUACUCUGACUCUGACCCACUGCAAACGAGUGACAGUUUGCCAAAAGACAAGGAAGCCAAUCUCACUUUAUCUGUGUCUCCACUGGUGUGUAUGUCUGUCUGUUUAUCUGUAACCACACAUUCAUUUCCAAAAGCUAUGAGACUGGUGCCAUUGGGCAGUGCUCCAGGAGGGAAGUGGGUUUGCUUUUGGGGUGUUUCUUUCUGGUUCUGGCUAUUUAUUUAAUUUUUUCUUUUGUUUUGUGUUAGAAGCAUGGAUGUGAGUGGAAUGACCAUGUGAGUGCAUGCAAAGCAAUAUCAGCAUGCCUCUACUAUACAGCAUAGGAACGUGUGCAAAACCCCUCACACUUCUCUUCAUCCAAAAGUGGAGCCAUAACAUGGCAAUUUUUUUAGUUUGCUUCUUCAGACUGGAGUUUUUCGUUCUCAAGUUACAUUUGCAUUGUUGCAUAUCGUUUAAGAUUGGAUCGGUCAAUCUUAAUCAAGUGGCAAGACAUAGCUGCGUAACGUCUCUUUCUGACCAAAGCCAAGGCAGACGCCUCAAAUGUCAUCUGAUGUGCCGUGCUUGGUAUUCCAAGCCGUGUGCAAUGGUCGGACAUUUUCUUAAAAUCAAAUCGCUUGAAUAUGCUGGUGAAAGGUUUUUUUUUUUCUUCACUUUUUUUCCCACUACCUUCAUAGGAGGCUUCUUCUAAUGCAAAUCUAAUGGCUUCAGCCCUUAUGGCUACUUAUCAACUGAGAAAGCAAGAAUAUCUGUAAAUGUGAAUUUUUUUCAUUUGUUCAAAUGGGAUCAACCCUGCUUUUGAUGAACGCCAUCCCAAAUCAUCGAGCAAACCUACGCUUUCCUCGUGCCCUUAGGUAUAUGACAACAAAACGCAAAUAUUUUUAAUGAUCUUAUUUAUUUUUAAUAUAUCAGAAUUGAGAUUGUGUAUGACAUGUUCUGACUCAAAUGAUGCACUGUGUAAACUUCGUUUUGAAAUUUGGGAUCUGCAAGAGACUAGUGAUUUUAGCAAUAAGGAAAUGCCCAUUGUGUUAAAUGUGAAAGACUCAACCAUAGUCAGGUUACUGUUAGAAACCCUACAUUAGAGUCCGUAGAUGCCAAAUGUUCUCCCUAUAAAUUGUUGUUCCGAAUGCCAUAGUAUAUACUUGGAUUGUACAGCAUUUUGUUUCUGUGUGCAAAUAGUAAAGUAUGUAAUAAUUUCAAGUAGUGUAUGAUCAUCUGUCUGUUCUGUUUGUUAUUUUGGGGGGGCAUUUUCUUAUAGCCAAGACGUUUUCUUUUUUCCCGUAAAAACUGGAUAUUGCUUUCAGAGAAUAAACUUUAAGAUAAAGAGAUGAGGGCAGUCAUUCAUUAGAAAGCAUUGUGAUAUGAUCUGCUUCCAAACCAACUGUUACAUUUUUUUUCCAAUGGUACAUUUACAUGCUGACUGGAUCAUUUCAUUUCAAUGGACAAGGCACAUAACUGCAAUCAAUUCUUUUUUUUUUAUUUGUACUUUUUUGGCACUUUGUUUUGGGUGCAAAUGAUUUUAAAGCAUUUGAAAGGUUUUGGCCUCUUCACCAGUGCACAUAUUAAGUUUAAUGAUGCUGUGCGUAAUAACUUUGUUGAUGAGGAGGGGGGAAAGCCAAGGCUGGUCUGAAUUUUCCAAUGGCCAAAACUAAGCUAAGAACCACGGCACUACAUUGUCACUUUCCUCCUGUUUUAUUCAACAUGGUUCGUAAUGCAUCACAUAUUUAAUUGUGUUUAUAUUAUUGAAUCUGAAUUCAUUAAAUAAAUGGGGAUUUGUAAAAACUUG